AUGCUCUUCACCCACUCCAGCAACCUGCUGGUGCACCAGCGUACCCACACUGGAGAGCGCCCCUACACCUGCGCCCAGUGCGGCAAGGACUUCACCCACUCCAGCAACCUGCUGCACCAGCGUACCCACAGUGGUGAGCGUCCCUUCCCCUGCCCGUCCUGUGGUAAGGCGUUCACCCGCCUUGACCACCUGCUGGAGCACCGGCGAGUCCACACCGGCCAGUGCCCCUUCACCUGCCCGCUCUGUGGCAAGGUCUUUGCCCGCUCCUCCUGCCUGCUGGCACACCGCCACGUGGAUAGAUGGACACUGUUUAGGUUGUGA